AGACCAUUAUCUUCCUGGAAUAAAGGCUGAUCGCCUUGGAAAUGGCCAAGAUUCACACGAUCCACACCAACGGCAGCCUGCCCAAGCCCGCCCUGUGGCGCAAGAUGCACACGUACUUCACCCUUGUGAAGAACGAGAUCCGCCCCAGCCUUUCCGCAGAUGUCCCCACGCUGGAGGUGCUGGAGCGGGAGCUGGCCUGGCUGAAGGAGCACCUGUCCCAGCUGGGCUCCCCUGUGGUGUUUUGUCACAACGACCUGCUCUGCAAGAACAUCAUCUACGACAGCACUAAAGGUCACGUACGGUUCAUUGACUAUGAAUAUGCCGGCUACAACUACCAAGCUUUUGACAUUGGCAACCAUUUCAAUGAGUUUGCAGGUGUGAAUGAAGUUGAUUACUGCCUCUACCCUGCGAGGGAGACCCAGCUACAGUGGCUGCGCUACUACCUGCAGGCACAGAAGGGGAUGGCCGUGACCUCCAGCGAGGUGCAGCGGCUCUACGUGCAGGUCAACAAGUUUGCCCUGGCCUCUCACUUCUUCUGGGCGCUCUGGGCCCUCAUCCAGAACCAGUUCUCCACCAUCGACUUCGAUUUCCUCAGGUACGCAAUGAUCCGAUUCAACCAGUACUUCAAAGUGAAGCCUCAGGUGUCCGCCUUGGAGAUGCCAAAGUGACCCGCGCCCCCUCCCUCCCCUCCCCAUCUGCCUGGCAGGCUGGUUCUCCGGGACUUGGCUCGUUCUGGGGUCUGCACCCUCGGACAAGGUGGGAGAGGGGGCCAGGUGGGUAUCCAGGGAGAAGGCUGCCAGCCCCUCGUGGGCGCUGCUGUGACCACAUUCUCUUGUUUGGAGGUGUUGAUGGACCUAGCUCUGGGGGUCCCCUUGACCUGGCCAGACCUGGGGCGGCGGGGAGUGCUUGCAGCAACCAGAACUCAGACCACAGCCACCCCUGGGAAGCCAGCGUUCUCAGCUCCAGGCCAGGCUGGAGUCUGGGCUGCCUUAGCGGUGUCUUCGACCCCCCUGGCUUGGGGAGGGGGGCAGUUGGGAGGGUCCUUUCUACCUCCAGUGCCCUGAGCCUGCAGCCACCUCCCGCAGGCCCCAUGUGGGAGGUGUGGAGCCCAAACCAGCACCAUGCCAACUCUGACAGGUGGAUGUACAUAUUUUGGGGGUGGGGGUGGGAGGGAGGGUUCUAGAAGGGUUUGAGACCUCCCUAGCAACUGCCUCAUCUGCGAUCGUUCUCCGAGCCAGAUCCAAUCAAAUAGCCCCUCCCCAAACCUCAGUCCAGGGGCUCGUCCUGUGCCCUCCGCUCUGCGCUGUCCCUCUGCAGCCUGCUGGGAGGAAGGCCAGGGAGCGCCAACGUCCUGGGCCUCCGGAGCCUGGCUCUACUUCCUGCUGUGGCUUGGCCAGAGGGGAAGGGCCAGCAGCCUUGCUCCUCCCCCUGGCUCCCCGGGAUCGGUCUCUCCAUGGCCACCCACUUGGGGUGGACUAGUGGGAGUCAAGGAGCAGGCCCGGGCCCAGGGCUCUCCUGGCAGGCUGCAGCUGGGUAGGAUCUGGCUGAAGGUGCCGACAUCAUUGUCUGACUCUCAACAGUCUUCACCUCCUUUCUGCCCUAGCAGUCUGGGCCCAAAAAGUAAUUCAUUUGUAAAUUAUCUUGAUUUUUCUGCAUUAAAAUGGCCAUUCUGGACCA